UGAGUUACAUCAGUCUCCAGUAUGAGUCGGACCGCACGAGCAACUGGCAGGCAGUCGCUGUCUAUUAGUGCACACGUUUCCAGUGGAAAAGCUUGUUAGUGUGUAGCUUUUUCCCUUUCCUGCACACUGUGCAAGUGUACUAUUCUUCCCCUUUCCUGCUCAGGAUGAGAUACAGAAGGGGAUAUUAAUUCAACCGCGAAUGAAAAAGGUGUAUUGCGUUGUAAUGUGUCCGGGGAAAGAUUAAAUUCCUCUUCCAAGCCCUGUAGAUGUUUGCAUGAGUGUGUAUGUGGUUUUGGUGAGCUGAAAUUUGAGAAAAGUGCAUUCCGAAUAACAGGUGCUCUUUAUGGUCGUGUUGGUGCUGCAGGCGUAGAAUAGAGCGCAGUUCAUUAUCUACCGUAAUGACCAUUCCACCAUUUUCGCGAUCGCUUUCGUCCUCUGGGACAAUUAAUUCAAUUAGCUGUUAAUACACGAGCUGUUUAUGGAUUGAGAAGACAUACAGAGAGAGAGAGAGAGAGAUAGAGAGAGAGAGAGAGAGAGAGAGAGAGAGAGAAAGAGGGCACGUGUGAGAGUGAGUGAGAAAGUGUGCUUGUGAUUGAAUGUAAAGCAAAGCUCCAAGCUACUGGAACUACAGGUGGUAUGGUGGCCCUUUGGAGCAAUAAUUAGCUCGUACAAAGACAGCCAGCUUAGUGUUCGCGUUUGUCUGUGCGUCGGGAGAUGACUCAGCUGUACUGAGAUGUCACACGCCCCCACGCCAGCUGGCCAGAUGCACAUUGUUGAACUUCACUCCAUACCGUCAGAACACGGCCGCAGGCGCAAACGCAGCGAACUAGACGACUGAAACCAAACCAAAUUAUUAGUUCGCCAGCAGUUCGUUUGCAUCGCAAAAUGAACAUUGCUCGAAUUGCUGUGGCUGUGCUGACCGAGAAGCGAGCUUCAUCUAUCAUUGCACCACAAGCUCCAUUCGCGCGUGCAAGAGAGUAGUUCCUGGGCAGCGACAUCGCCAAUGCAUGGUUGCGCUUUUCGUUCUACCGAGAGUGCAUCAGUGUAGCAGGAUUCAACGAACAUCAGUGCGACUGGUAGCAACGGGAGUUUAUGCAACGCAAUCAUUCAUCAGUGCGGCCGUCAUGAAUAAAUCAUUGCAACGACUUACCUGCCCCCUGCGAGCGACAUCCGAGCGCCCAGAUGGAGCGUACCGGCCGCCAACAGUAUGGCCGGGUCGCGUACUGCCCGUACAGUGAUUCCAGCUCGUCGGAGCUACAGUCCUACGUCCGUCCGUUCGACACGGUACGGGCGCUGCACGAAACGGUCGUCUCGCUGCGUACCGCGCUCGAGGAAUCACGCCGCGAAGUGGAUCAGCUGCGGCAGCAGAUAAGCGUUCGAGAAACGGUAGAGCAGGGCAGAACCGUCAGUGCCGGUGGGUUGAAGGGUGCUGAGGUUGCGGACGGCCCACGGAAGCAGCAAACGAGCGGAAGCACCGAAGUCCCGUCCACAUCGGGCUACCAGGCCAGACAUCUGCCGGCGCGUGAAUCAUGCGAAGACGUACCGAGUACGUUGGAGGAUAAAAAGUGCAAAAAGCUAAAGAAACGAAAAGUAAAACCUCAACCGACGGAGCACGAGAGUUGCUCCAGUCCGGUGACGGUGGGUAGGGAGGAGAGCAAGGCGGAAGUAGAAGACUCCGUUAGGACGAAAAAGACGCCUAUUAAAGAUGGUAACAAUUCGGCACAUCAGAAAGUGUCCGUAGUGCCCGACAUACAGAUAGUUUCACAUCCAGGGGUUGGCCCACAUUCCGCUAUGGCAUCACGGAUUGACGUGAAGAUUAAGGUUUCUUCCAACAUCAAUAUGGACGGGAGCAGCUCUGAGGCGGAGAGUUCCGAAUGUCCGAAGGAAGAACCACAGACUCCCGAGAACCCAGCAGCACCAGAAUCUGCACUAGUGGAGGAGGAAGACGAAGAGGAGAAAACGAUUGGCGAACCGGAAGAGCGUGGAGUGGACGAUGAGGUGACGGUACGCGAGCAAGUCCUAAAGUCGGACGGUGUCGAGAGCUUGCGCGUCAGUGUGGUGAACGAGGAGAAGCUGAGCGUGAGCAAGAGCUCGGAGGCGAUCAGCAUAAAGCAGGUCUCGUCGGAGAACUUGCACGUCGACGCGGAUCGGCAAUCGAACGCUUCCAUCUCGGAGGGAGACAACUCAGUGUUUGCGGAGGAUACGCCCGGCCAGGCGGAGGGCGAACUGCACGGCACGGGACCGAUUACCGGCAGCUACACCCUGUCCGGUGAUCCCCGCCGGCGGAUGAAGAAGAGCGAGUCGGAAACGCAGGAAGAGGUGGACGACAUCGAGCUGAUCUUUUCGUCCGACGACAAUGCGAAGGAUAUUACGCAGGAGGAUCUGGUGUCGAUAUCGGACUACGAGCCGUGGCACGAGACCGGCCAGUCCGGCACGCCCGUGCUGGUGAGCUUCACCAAUUUGGCGUCGGAUCAGGAAAAGCUGAGCUCGCUGGAGCGCAGUGACAGCGAGGUAGCGGACGGGUACGAGCUGGAGAAGGGCAAGAGCCUCGAGAGCCAGGACUCGCUGAGCCUGGACAACAUGAAGAAAAGCCUGGACUUUAGCACAAAGUCGUCCAGCCUGGAGAAGGAGUCGAGCGUGGAGUACGGUGCGUCCGGCAAUUCCCUAGUCGCGUGCGGGGUGGCCCGUACCGCCCGCAGCCAGGGCGACGAGGAGGGCAAGCAGCAGGGCGACAGUUUCGAUGUGGCCGGCACGAAUCCGCUGGCGGCGGCCGGUGCACUCGGGCGCCGCUGGACCAACUACAACGUGCUGAUCGAGACGGACAUCUCCAAGUGUGGCAUCACGGAGGAGAACAUUCUGGAGAUGGGACGGCGCAAUACCUGCCCCAACCCUCCCGCCUACCGACCCAUCAUUCACCCGGGCAGCCGUAUGGCGGCGGGAGCUGGCGGCACCAAUCGGAGCCCGCUGGCGGUGAAGUUUUCCCGCUCGCCGCGCACCUACUCACCGCACCAGUAUCUGCCGCCGGGGAAAACGCUGCGCACCGUGAUAGCGGCGGAAAGCGGCGUCCGGGGCGCGACCGGCGACGAGGUAAAGCGUUCCCGGGCGGCACAGACCGACAUCUCCGCCCUGGCCCAGCAGUGGCGCUCCGAGACGCAUCUGACCGGGGCGGAGUACGUGCCGGGGCUGUACACACUGCCAUCGAAGUUCGUACCACCGCCAACCGGUGGGAAAGGUAAAUUCCCACUCAGACCGUCGGAUAAGACGCAGGAAGCCCGCCGGGUGCUGCUGAGCGAUAUUAACUUUACCAGCAUGGUCCCGGAGCUGUCCCGUUCGGCCGAUCACCUCUGCCAGCAUCAGCAGGACGAGAACGGCGACCCGAACCGGUCGCCCAACUACUGCAAGGGAAACCUGCUAAGAACACCGGAAGCCACCAAAGGCAUCCCGCCGAGCUUUAGCAUGACCUCGCCCGGCGUUUCCCAGUGGACGGUCAACGAGAGCAGCAUCGCCACGCAAACCACCCAAACGGACGCGCUCUGGACGAACCGGGGCGAUUCGUUCGACUCGUCGAAAAGCUACUCGGCCGGGUCGCGCUACUCCACGCUCAGCAAGCACCACCGUUCGCGCAGCGUGCCCUCGAUGCGCUGUGCCAUCUGCCGGCAGACGCACCAGAACACGGCGCUCAGACCGUCGGAAAGCAUGCACUACACGCCGCGCGUCACCUUCCAGGAGCAGCCGGUGCACAAGAUUCGCGGUUCGCUGCCCGACCUGCGGCACGAUUGCAACUGUCCGCGGCGGUACGGUGGCCCAUCGCUCUACCGCAUCCAUGGCGAUUCGGGCGGCUCCACCGACAGCUUGCUCGAGGAGGCGGAAGAGUUUCUGCGCCGCUCGCUCGAGGGAGGCAACAUGCUCGGGAUGGAGGAUUCGCUCGGACAGCUUGACGUCGGUGUGCCACCGCCGGUCACCGCUGGUCUGGUGCCGCACGUGACCUUUCACGGACAUGUUGGUGGUGGUGGUGGUGGGCACGCUGGUGCCCAUCCACCGGUGCAUCAUCCCACGGCCAAGCACCGCCGCUGCUCGGAGAAUGACAUUCAGCGAGACUACAUUCCCUCCAAGCAGGCGCUGCCAUUUUUGCCAAAAACCCCCAAAUGUCUUAAGCCGGGCCACCUGGCAAAGGUCAUCUCGCCGAACGGGCGCGUCAUCGUUGGGCGGGUGCGGUACAUUGGACCGGUGGCCGGCACGGAAGCUGCCGAGGACACUACCUUCGUAGGGCUGCAGUUGCCGAACAAUUUGGGCGACUGCGACGGUACCAUCGAUGGGAAGCGAUUCUUCGACUGCGAACCACUGCACGGUGUCUUCGUGCCGUUCAAGAAGGUCGUCAUGGCAUGGAACUCAUAAAAAAAUGGUCGCCGGCAGGUUGAGCGAUGAGUGAUCCCCAAGGUCAAGGAAAGCUAACUACGAGCUAGCACAAGCACGGAGAUGAAGCUUCAACUGGAUGAAAUUGUGCAAAGACGAAUCAAACAGCACCAGGGCAAACGUGGGCAAACGGAGCCAAGGUAAAGCUUAGCCCGUUGUGAUACAGGGAAAACGAGUGAUUGAUUAUUACACACGCGAACGACGGGUCGAUGACGACGAAUCAGUGUAAUGGCGGGUGUCAUGGUGGAAAAUGUGCUUCAGAAAGGAUUGCUGUUUAGCCGAUGGCAAAAGGGAGAGCCCGCUAAGGAAGACAAAUGAAACGGUGAGAUGAGAAAACGAAACUCAACUAAUAUAAGCAACACCGAUCACACGCAGCAAGAGCAACCACGUUGCAGAAGAAUUGAAACGCCUCUAGCACCGACUGUAUUUCCGCAAAACUGAGUGCGAAAAAAAAACACAAAUAAUUGUUGUAGUGUAGUGUGUAUUACAUUUUGUGUGUAAUUCCUUCAAACGUAAUCCCCCAAAGUGGAAAACAAAAACAAAAACACUCUAGUCACCAUGUUGAACGUACUAGAAACGUCUGCUAGAAUCACCACUGGUCAUGGACGGAUACUCUAUCCUCUGCACUGUGUUUUCGAUUAGAACCGUACAUCAGCCGUGUCCUAUUUUUGAUAUCGAUGUUUGCAGUAAGCCCUUUUAUCCCAUUCAACCCCGCACACGAGCACACGAGUGCGCGUGCCGACUGUCUCUGCGAAGCCUCCCCUCCACCAACCAAGAGCAUUGUUGUUGAUCCCCGUUUUUAGGUGUACGUUUCAUGUGUGUUGCGCGCGCAAUGUUUGAAAUCGGAACCGGAGGAGCGCAUAAGUAGGCAUAAGGAAAGAAGGUAAAAAUCGAAUCGGUUUCGAUCAGAGGUCAGGGCCAGUUCUAAUCACCCUUGUUGGUUGGGAGGAGAGUUUUGGGAGGGGGGAAAAGUGUUUGAAUAUUUACAAAGGGGUUUAGAACGAGCAGAGCUAGUCCGAGGUACUGCUGCUUAUCACUCAUAUAAAGAAUAUAUAGAUGUGAAUCUGUGUAUAUGUUACUAUGUUACAGAGUUUUCCAGGUCAUUUUCGAAUUCGAAAACAUUGUUUUUAACCGCGUGCAAUAUGUUGUUCCUCAUCACUCUGAUAUUGCAUUUCCAUCAUAAUAUUUUUUUUAAUUCUUCAGCAUGAUUUUCAACACUUCAACGGGUGAUGAUAUCAUGCUUCAAACCCCGGUGAAAAAACAAUGGAAAUAUACCCAUGAAAUGUUGAAAAUCAUGCUGAAGGAAAUUAAAAAAAAUAUUACAGGGUUUGCCCAAUCAGUUUCGAAUGUGAACUUCAUUAUUCACCGCCUUCAAGUUUCUCAACAGCUGUCAAAAGUUGUAUUUGCAUCACAAUAAAGCUCCAGUUCUUCCACAUGAUCGUCUCAACACGUCUCAAACUAGAUUGAGUUUGACAGUUCUUUGUUAUGUGUUGAAAAUCAUGUGUUGAAACUGAAAUUUAAUUUUGAAACAAAUAAAUCAUUUGACAGCUGUUGAAAAACAUCUUGGAUGCGGUGAAUAAUAAUAUUUACAAUCGAAACUGGCUUGGAAAAUUCUGUAAACUACAGGGUUUUCGAAGUCACUUUCGAAUGUGAACUUCAUUAUUCACCACCUCCAAGAAGUUUUACAACGGCUGUCAAAUGUUGUAUUUGCAUCACAAUAAAGUUUCAGUUCUUCCACAUGAUUUUCAACACGUCUCAAGCUGGAUUGAUAGUUUGACAGUUCUUUGUGAUGUGUUGAAAAUCAUAUGUAAGAACUUAAAUCUUAUUGUAAUGCCAAUACAAUAAGUGACAGCUGUUGAUGUUUAUCUUGCAGGCGGGGAAUAAUGAUGCCCACAUUUGAAUGUGAAUUGGAAAACCCUGUAUUACAUGGUUCCAAGCCAGUUUCGAAUGUAAACAUUUUUAUUCACCGCAUCCAAAAUGUUGUUGCACAUCGAUCUGACAUUUCAUUUACAUCAUCAUAAUUUUUAAAAUCUACCUCAUGAUUUUCAAAACGUCUCAAACUGGAUUGAGUUUGAAAGCUCUUUGUUAUGUGUUGAAAAUCAUGUGUUAAAACUGAAAUUUCAUUUUGAAACAAAUAAACCAUUUUACAGCUGUUGACAAACAUAUUGGAGGCGGUGAAUAAUUAUGUGCACAUUCGAAACUGACUUGGAAAACCCUUUAUUAUGAUGGAAAUGAAAUAUCAGAGUGAUGUGAAAUAUUUUUUUGCACGGUGUUGAAAAACAAUGUUUACAUUCAAAAGUGACUUGCAAAACCCUGUAUAACCAGUUAUCAAAGAUUUGAAGAUUAAUUUAGCAUUAUGUUUUUUUUAAACGCAACCAGUAUUUUACGCUUAUAAAAGGGUUUUUCUGCUUAUAUUCCAACCACAAACGAUAGAAAUAAAUUAUAGAAAUAUUUGACGAGAAAAGAAUGGCGAUUUGAUGAGUAUUGUUUUUUUUUGACAAAACUGGAAUUAAAUUUUUGACAACUAUUUCAUUAUUUUUUUAAAUGAAAAUAAAGUUACAAAGAUACACAAAAACUUUAUACAAUAACACCUGUGCAAACUAAAUAUAAACCAUUCGUGUGCAAUCCAUGCCAUGGGGGCCGAUAAGCGACCACCAAAAGGCGCUCUCUAGUCAGCUCUGUUCAACUGUUGUUCUAAAAUAAAGGAAAACUAGUCUAACAAGGAAAGGUGUCAUGGAAGGAAAAUCCUUCACAUAUUCUAAAUAACUAAGACACGAGAGAAGAAAAUCCAUUGUAACAAUGCUUUUGUUGGACAAAAAUGUAACAGAACAAUAUAAGAAAUCAAUGCAAACUACAAAACAACACACACACACGUACGCUGUACUGCAGAGUUUCGAGAUAAUAGGGAGAAAAUGGGUUGGUGAAAACCCGUUUUAAAAAGAAACCUACUUUAACGCACUGAAACGGUAUUGUGUAGUAUGAUUGUUGAAUGUGUUACUUCCCCCAAACCGGGGCAAAAAAAAAGAGAUACAAACAUAUAAAAAUGGCCGUGUUACAGCAGCGCUACUACUAGCAUUGUUCCCUAACGCCUUGUUUGGUAGCGUAACAGAAAAAAUACAGAAAAUAUAGGAAAAAAACGUAUAUUUCGUACGUAAACGUACCGCCCCGUUUCCCCUUUUUUUACCAUCGCUCACUUCUUUAGUCACAUCAUAAGCCGCUAAGUAUACUCUACUAAUUUGACAAUCAUUAUUUCACCUAAUGCGUAAAGCAACAGAAUUGUGUGUGCAUGUCCUUUUUCCUUUUCCCACUUCAUAGUCACGACAAUCAACGCUAUCCUUAAAACACUCUUAUUACUUUUUCUUUUUUGUUGCGAAUAAUGGUUCAAGAAACGCUUGCCUUUGCCUCUCCUUACUUAAGCUUAAGUACGGAAACCUUGCUUAAACAUUAAUACUUCCAUUGAUUGAUUCUGUGUCACGGUGACUGUCCAUGUCAUUUGUUGUACUAAAAGCACAAACGUCAUAGGUGUGAUGCAUUUUGUUCCCCCCUACACACCCUGACAACUAAAUGAAAUAAAAACUUGGUGAUAGAAAGUUCAUCUUCUACGACCAUUUCUGCUUUUGAUUUUUUACAGGACAAUGGUAGCUCUGUGCAGUUGUAAAAGCUAUAGAAAUAAAUAUCUCUUAAGGAACCCCUGUACUCCUGGAUAGCUCAGUGAAGCAGUGUACGAUCGUGCCGUUUCCACCUUGUCACGACUGUAGCUUCUACUUCUACAAACAAAACAAGAUACCUUCUUACACAUGAAAUGAACGAAAAAUUAGCUACAUAUAGAGAGAGA